UAUGCACAAUGUGAUAGGUAGGGAAUAGAAUGGAUUUGCAAGUUAGAUUAGGGUUAAGCACAUUUACUUAUAGUAAGAAGAGCAGAUUAGGUCAAAUGAAAUGCUAAAUAAUUACUUUAUAAACACAUAGUAGCCAAAUUUCAAAGACAAAAGCGUGCUGCCAUAGAAUAGUCAUGGUGUUACAAAUUAAGCACAAUUACAUUGUUCAAAAAUUUUCAAUCCUGUCUAAAAAUAGUGGUUCUAAUCUCUAUACCAAUAUUGAACUCCGGUUUUAUGUUUAU